AGUAAAAGCAGCCCUGCAGGGUUUUUAAUAGUACUAUUAUACAUUUAACGGUUUUAAGUAUUUUUUUUAAACACUGAAAAAAAUUUUUUCGCAACCUUACCUCAAAUUUAGUAAACACUAAACACCUGCAAAGAGUGAGCUACGGGGCGCAUGCGCAAUAGAGCAUGACGCUCAUUGUCCCUCCGCACUCGCCGUACUCAACAGUACAAUGCGACACAAGCUAACUUAAGCGAACAUUGGGCAAAAGAAGACUCCAGGUUGGUAAAGUUCACCAGUUUAAAGCCCCCAAAUGUCAUCUUAUUGUCGCAGCUAGUUGCCGUACUGUAAUGCCAAACAUCGAAAUACAGCGGUGACUCAAUUUAAUAUCCAAGACAGCCAGCCAGUAUGGUCAACGUGCACAAAGGUGUUCUUGUUGAAUGCGACCCUGCCAUGAAACAGUUCCUCCUGUUCCUGGAUGAAACCAUGGCCCUGGGGAAGAAGUUUAUCUUAAAGGACUUGGACGACACACACGUGUUCAUCCUGUCAGAGGUGGUCCAGACCCUGCAGGAGAGAGUGGGAGAGCUCAUGGACCAGAACUCCUUUCCCGUCACACAGAAAUGAGAUUAUUUUCAAGAAUAAUCCCUUUUGUUUGGAGCUUCUGACCGAGAAGUGUCUGCCAGUUUUAUGUUUUAAGAGCAAAUGCGUCAAGGCCCGGGGCCCAGACGUGGCCUGCACAAACCUGGAUACAAUGUGCGCCAAUAAAGCACUUCAUCUUUCUCAGAA